AUGAAUUUUAUCACCGGCACAUGUUUGUGUGGUCAGAUCAUUGUUACUAUUACCAAAGAAGCACUAGCUGCAACCGACAAGACUUAUAUAUGUCGUUGCAAGAAUUGUCGUCAAUCUGGUGGCUCUCUCGCAUCAAUCGGUAUUAUUGUUCCUGAAUCAGCUUUUAAUAUCACCGGACAGCCAAAAAUAUAUCUUGACAGUAAUACGGAUAGUGGAACAUCGAUUCAACGGGCUUUUUGUGGCAAUUGUGGUAGCCAAAUUUAUACGGCUUCACCCACUAUGCCUGGUGUCAAGAUUUUGAAAUUGGGAUUAUUUGACGAAAUUCCUAAACCAUCUAUGGAAUUGUAUUGUAGAGAAAGACCAUCUUGGGACAAACCAAUUGAAGGUACAAAGCAAUUUUAUACGAUGCCGACCAAAGAUUCAUAA